AACGAGGCCAUAUUUUAUGUGUUGAUUUUGGGAGGAGGACCUCAUUUAAAAUGAGUUUCUUUGGAUUCGGCCAGAGUGCUGAAAUAGACAUUGUUCUAGAUGGACAAGACGCAAGAAAAACAGCAGAAAUAAAAACAGAAGAUGGUAAAAAAGAAAGACAUUAUUUGUAUUAUGAUGGAGAAACUGUUGCUGGAAAGGUUAAUGUGUCCAUGAAGAAAGCAGGAAGUAAAAUGGAACAUCAAGGGAUAAAAAUAGAAUUUAUAGGCCAAAUAGAAAUGUACUAUGAUAGAGGUAACCAUCAUGAAUUCACAUCAUUAGUCAAAGAACUAGCCAGACCUGGAGAACUAACAUCUAACACAAGUUAUGGUUUUGAAUUUUUACAAGUAGAAAAACCUUAUGAAUCUUACACUGGUGCUAAUGUCCGGUUACGAUAUUUUUUACGAGUUACAGUUGUAAAAAGAAUCAGUGACACAGUAAAAGAACAGGACAUUAUAGUACAUACGUUAUCACAUUAUCCAGAAUUAAAUAACAGCAUCAAAAUGGAAGUGGGUAUUGAAGAUUGUUUACAUAUAGAAUUUGAAUAUAACAAAUCAAAGUAUCAUUUAAAAGAUGUAAUAGUUGGAAAGAUUUACUUUUUAUUAGUACGAAUAAAAAUUAAACAUAUGGAGUUACAAGUCAUCAAAAGAGAGACGACAGGAACAGGACCUAACACAUACAAUGAAAAUGAAACUAUAGCCAAAUACGAGAUAAUGGAUGGGGCACCUGUCAGAGGAGAAUCAAUACCUAUACGAUUAUUUCUGAGUGGCUAUGAGCUGACACCUACGAUGAGGGAUAUAAAUAAGAAAUUUUCUGUCCGAUAUUACCUCAAUCUGGUCUUGGUUGAUGAAGAAGAAAGAAGAUAUUUCAAACAACAGGAAAUAACUGUGUUCAGAAAAGCUGAGAAAGUUAGAAAACCUGGAGAGAAGUCAGUUUACCAACAAAACCGAGGUCUUCAGUCACAUAUAUCAGACCGUGAACACCAAGCUAUUCAAGAACAGAAACAAAGAGAGGCACAACAACAGCAAGAACAGCAAGAACAAACAAACGAACAUACAGAAAAUGAAGAAGUAGAAAAUGAAAAUGAAGAUGAAUGAUACAUUGUCAAUUUAUUUAACAAUUAUGCAUACAUUGUCUAAAGAUCAUUUCACAGUCAUCAUCAGAGAAGUUGUGAGCUGUGUUUAUACAUUGUUACUCAAAGAACUUGUGGUGUGUGACGUGCGAAAUGAAUUCAAAUUGUGAUAUAAAAUUGAAAGUUUGUGUAAGUUAAAUGGUUUUCAAUCAUUUGAAUUUGUCCAUAUAUUGGAAAAAAGAAAGUGGGCUCUUAUUUCAAAGUAUCCCAAAUACUCAUCAGUUAUAUAUGUUUCUGACCAUAUAUAUAAUUAUGGUGCCAUAAUAUAAACAUUAUAUGUUAAUAUAUAGCGUAAAGUGACAAACAUGUUAAUGGGUAUUGUAAAGUAACCAAAAAAAAAGUCUGUAUAAAAAGAUGAUUUUAGUCAUGUGAUAGCUAUUAUUUGCUGAUUCUUAAAAUUCAAAGGCAAUAAAAAAAUUAAUUCAAUCUUACAAUGAUAUAAGCAUGAUAAACUACUUUACUGAAUGUAAAAAGAAUAUGAAUAUUUUAUCAAAUAAAAUUAUUCUGGAUGAGAUAAAUAUAUGUGAACACUCUGGCAAAAACUGAAAUAAGGUAUUACAAAGGAAAUGAAACCUUUCCCUAAAAUCAGCUGGUGUUUACAUGGCUGUUUAAAUUUUUGCAUAGUUCACUGAUUCCGUGGAAGGCUAUUUUCCUUCCUUUACUUAUCUACACAGAAAAAUGGGUCUAAACUUAAAAAACUUAUUUCUUUCGCCAGUCCAUUAUAGGAAUACAAAAAGGGGAUUUUUUAAAAAUCUUCUUAAAAAAAGGGAGGGAAUUCUUGAAUUACACAGUAAUUUCCAUUAUAUGGAUGUAAAUGAGUGCUAGUAUUAGUGCUAUUUGAAUGACAUUAUGAGAAAAAGUUGUAUGCAUGAUUUGAAUGGAUGUGUGUGAAAGAUCUUUUAAAUAUAUAUUUAAGCUUCCAAAGUAUAUUGCAAAUUUAUGUUUUGUUGUUGUUUUGAAAUAUACAAACACACUUUAUUCACAAUUGAUUUUUUGUUGAAACAAGCCUGAGAAAUGUAGAAUUUCUAAAUCAUAUUCUUACAAGUCACUGUUUUGAAACAAAUUUCAAUGCCAUUUUAAUGUUGAAAGUAUUGUGAUAGGUAUGCCAAUCUUGACUAUUUCUUCUAUUAAAGCAGCUAAACAGUAUGGAGACGAAACAUUGUCAUGGCUUCAAUAGUAUAGUCAUAUAUAAUUUUUUGUUUUGGAAUACCAUUUUCAAAGAUGAUUUUUCACAAAUAUUUUAUUUGUACCUGAUAGCUUUGCUAAAUUAGAAUGUUUUAUCAUAUUUCCCUUCAUCUCUUGUCUCUUCAAGAAAUCCCCAUUAAAGCUUUGUGCAUCAAAAACAACUACAUCAUAUUAUUUCGAACUGGUUAUAUUACGGUUUGAAAUUGAUUGGAUGUUUUUAUUAAUGCAAAAUUUCCUGCAGGAAGAGUAAUUUUGUUUUUGACUUGGAAUUUUUUUAACGCAUGCAAUAUUAAGGGAAAAAAAUUUAACACAUGCAGGAAUUGCAGUAUUUAGUAUCACCUUAUUCUCAGUAAAUAAAUGCUCACAAUACAUGUAAAUACUGAAUUUACAAUUUCCACUUGUUAUACAUAAACAUUUUUACAUCCAUUUUGACAUACCGGGGUAAACAAAUGUCUGGAAUAAAUUAUAUUGAGUUUAGAGUGAAGAUGUGUAAGUGUUUGGUUAUGAACAUGGAAUGACUUAUGUAGCAUAUUUGUUAAAAUGUUUAUAGAUUAGGGAGGAUGAUAGACCAAGUUUAUUUAGUACCAUUGUAUUUUGUGUGAUAUGUUUCACUUUUCUGUUUGAAAUUAUUAAGUCAGUAAUAUUGUCUCACAAAAGUCAGUACAUAAUUGUAGGUAUAAAAAAAAUAGUAUCUCACACCUGUUUUUAACAUGAUGGUACAGCUAUUUACUAAUAACUUUUUAAAAUUCAACUUAAUUUCUAUGUCUACAAUUAUAAUACUUUUUAUUAGCGGAUAUUUGAAUUUAAACUUUACUUAUACAUUCUGCUCUAUUUUAGUUGAAUAAUGUUUGAUUAACUUAAUCAUUGUGGAUCAAACAGCAAUAUAAACUGUUAGCCAACUUGUAAUUUGUCAAGUAGUCAUGCAUAACUUUGAUGUUCAAAAAUUACAUUUUCAAAAGAUGAAUGAAAAGUGAAUGAAACAAUGUUGAUAUAAGAUAUCUUUAUUGAGUUUUAUAGUAAUUAUGAAUAAUUAACUCAUCAGAUAAAGAGUAGAAAUCUUCUCUAUCAUUAUUUCAGUUAAAAAUCUUGAACCAUCAACUCUAAUGUUUUUAACAAUUGUAAAAUUAUUCAAACUUGAUUACUGGUGAAAUUUCUGUUAAGUACAAUAAGAUAAAGAUUAUGUAAACCUUUAUCUUUAAAUUUGUUUUGUAUUCAAUCUGUCUUAAGCAGAUAGAUAACCUUCAAUUCUGCCAUUUAAACUGAUUUUGUUGUCAAUUGUUAUUUUAUAAAAAGUGCAAUGUUUUUUGUAAAUAUUAAUUAACGUUAUGUAAAUAUUGUAAUUAGAAAGGUAGAUUUUAACACUGAAUAGUUACCAUGGUUUCCUGUUUAAUUUGAUUGUGUGUCUAUUUAUAAGUGCGUGAUUCUGUGUAUUUCUUGACAAUGUAUUUGUUACAAAAAUUGUGAUGCAAGUCUUUUUCACAAUAUUGACAUGACUGGGAAAUGGUCCUUCCUCACAUUGUCAGUUUUACCUUCAUAUAUUGUAUAACGGCUCUGGUUUUGUCCUAGGCAAAGCAAAAACAAUUUUUGGUCAGCAACAACUAUAUUUUCCAAUAUUAAUCGAAAGCACAUAUCUUAAAUAAGCUUCUGACCAAUGAUUUUUAAUUCUUCAAACUUACAUCUUGUUACUUCAGUCUUCGCAAAAACAUUUCGACUUUCAAGCCUAAAAAGUCUUUCAUAGAAUUUUAUUGAUUGUUUGAGGCCAAUUUUUCAGAAAAUAAUUACUGGCUCAUUAACAUUUUUUACCUGCAUAAGCUGUAGGGCUUGUUGUUAAUCAUAAAAAAUCCAGAAUCAUUCUUUUCCAGUGAUAAAUGUUAGUUUUUCAAAUGCUUGUUUCUAAAAAAUUCACAAAUUUGUUUAUACAUCUGUUCAUACAUCUUUUUGAAAAGCUGUCCCAUUUAUGCGAUUUGGCUAAUGUUAUUAAAGUUUUAGCCAACUUGAUGUGAAGUUCAUUUUCAUUGAACAUACUCACUGAGCGGAUUCAUUAUUGUUCUUUCCAUUGGUGAAGGUGAACCACAAAUUUAGAUUUCACGAGGUACACAUUUUCAUUAUAAGCUUAUAUGCAGACUUUUGCCAAAAUACGAAAUCAAAUAUUCACGUAAAUACAAUUUUUCCUCCAUCCACAAAAAUUGGUACCCAUGAAAAUAGAUAAAUCUUUCUUAUGAAUACACCAAGAUGAGCUACACAAAAUACAUUUCGAAAGGAUAAUGUGACCUAUAUUUCAUGAAUCAGCAGUCACAUAUCAAUAUUUUAUUAUAGUUUAGUGCACAUUUAUUAUUGCAUCAACUUUCCAUCAUCAAAUACUACAAAAUGUGAGGUAAUGUACUACAUGAGAGAAAGAUGUUGUUACCUAGAUAUCUUCUUUUAAAAAUGUUAUCAUCAUAACUGUUCAAUCCAUUCUUUUAUGUUAUAUUUGAGAUAAGCUAUAACAAAACUUAACUUGUGAAAUAUUUGAUUAUAUUUCAAAACCAAAUUUAUGAUACUGGAGCUUUACAUCACUUGAAAUUUUCCUCCUUUUUCUCCCAAGUAUUGAUGGAGUAAGAUGUCAUUAUUACCAUUUCAUGUCAGUAUGUGUGAAGAAGAAUAAAACCAUUGAUAAUAGACUUGUGAAUAAGAAAAAAAUUAUCUUAUUUAUCCAAAGAUUCUUGUUUUGUUGCUGUUUUCAUGUGAUGUGUUUAUUAUUAACGUCAGGAAUCAAUCAUGCAAUAUUAUCAGGGAAUGUACAAAUAUUUUGGGGCUUAAAAGGAAAAAUAUUAACGACACAAAAAUCAUCAACAGCAUUUUUAUUGAAAGUUGCAGUCAAAACCUGUUCAAAUAAGAAGUUUAACUGGUACUGUGUACUUAGAAUUAUUUUGUUGGUUACCAAUUUCAUGGGUGAAGUUAAUCUAGGAAUUUGAAUAUUCAACAAAGUACCCAAUUUCGCUAGGCUUUUAUGAUACCAUAAAGUAAAAUAUCCAUGAAAAUUUGAUUUGUCCUCAAUCCAUGUAAGUUGAUACCCAUGAAAAUAAAUUAAUCCACAGUAUUGCCUAAAAAACCUUGUUUACAGGACAAGCCAUAGAUUUAAAAAAAAUAAAAGGCAUAGCUAUUGUAUAACAAAGGGCAUUAUGAGAAAAUAUCACUUCAUAUACAAUGACAAAUCAUUAGAUAGCUACUAAAGUGUUGAUUUCAUGUGGAUUUUAAAUUAAGCAGGCGUUAUAUACAAUUCUAUAACAUUAUUUUGCAUUGUAAUUAUAGCAUUAAGUGUUUACUCUGUUAGAGUAAUUCACUUUACGGAAAAGGUCGGGAUAAAAAAAAAAUGCAGCCAGAUUUUAACUUGGGUUAAAUGAAACCAGAGGACUAACAUGGUUCAAGAAUACUGUAAAUUCAGAAAUUAUUGUGAGGUUUUUAUUAAUGCGAAUAAUGCGACUGGGUGUAUAUCGCAAUAAUAAGAACUCGCAUUCUGAUAUCUGUUACAUAUAUCUUUAUGCAGAUUUUCCUGAAAUCGCAAUAUUUAAUCUCACAUUGUUGUCCAUUCUUUAAAAAUCGCAAUAAUAAAUGUGCGCAAUAAUUUCUGAAUUUACAGUACAUAACUUUCAGUGUGCCAAUGGUUGUAUCUUAUUUUUAAAUAUUUAUAAGACAUGAAUUGAAUUUUGUGAUUAAAACCUUGUAAGAAAUAAGAAAAAAUACAAUUUCAAUUCAACAUUGAUAUAUAUUUGUAAAUGAAUUAUAUGUAUUUCUUCAGGUUUUGAAUCUUUCUGGACUUCUCAAUACUUUGACUUGUCAUGAUUUUUUGGCAUCCGAUAUUCCCAAGACAGAAUUUUUAACUGUGAACUGAUAAUGGACUAAACCUCCCCUAAUCAUUAUUUGAAAGCAGUUAAAAUUAACGGAUAAGAAUAUGAAAUUUACAAUGCCCACGUAUGUUUAAAAUAAUGAAUCAUAAAUAGUAAAACUAAAAUGACAUUAGUGUAUUGAAAUUACAUGAUAUAUUAGUAAAACAGGAAGAAAAUUAUUAUGUACUUGAGAGAAAACAAUUUAGUCCAUAUUUUAAAAAUGAUUAACAGAUCAAAGUUUUUAUAAAUUCUUGGUGAUUAGAUUCUGGCAGUUUUAGCUGUAUAAUUCAUUCUCCAUUUCAUAACUUAUUAAGUUGACAUGAGGAGAGGUUUUUGGCCAUUUCUCCUUCUGAAUCAAGCCCCUGAUAUAAUGUAGAAAUAUCACCUUAUUGAAUUAUUUGUGCAUAAUGAUAAAUGUGAUGUUAACCAUUCCAUGUGUUGUUGUUACAGAAUGUGUGAUGAAGGUAACUCAUGCUUGUUUUCAAAUGAAUGUUAAUUUAAUACACUUGUAUAAGAAUAUGUGUUAUUAAAUGUGGAAAUAUCCA